AUGCGCCGGGCAUCACCACUGCCAUGGUUGCCCUGGGGUCGGCCUGGUGUGAAGGCAGUGGUCACCGCUGGGGUGUUCAUAACCACCCUCUGGAACCUGAAAUGCUUCCUCCACCCCUCUGAGGUCUCCAGCAAAGCCUCCAAGCACAUGGAGCCACUGGUAGUCCUGGUAUGGGAGUGGCCCUCAAAGCAGGUCCCCAACAUCAGCGGGGACAUUUGCCGUGAGCUGUAUGGCAUCGUGGGCUGCUGGCUCACCAUGAAGAGGCAGCUCCUGGGCCGGGCAGAUGUGGUGGUGUUCCCUCACACCCGGCUCCAGCCUGGCAGGGACAGGCUGCCCAAGGAGAGGCCACCAGGGCAGAACUGGGUGUGGGUCUCCCUGGAAUCCCCCUCAAACACUAAAGCUCUUGCGGGAUGGAACCAGACCUUCAACUGGGUGAUGACUUACAGACGGGAUUCAGAUAUCUUCAUCCCCUACGGCAAGCUUGUGCCCAACCAGUCAGCUACUGUGAACAUCCCCGUGAAGACCAACUUGGUGUCCUGGGUUAUCAGCAACUACCACAGGACUCAGAAAAGAGCUGAAGUCUACAAAAACCUCUCUAGGUACCUCCACGUGAACAUAUAUGGGAAAGCAAACAAAAAGCCCCUUUGCAAGGACUGCCUCUUGCCAACAACAUCCAAAUCCAAGUUCUACCUGGCCUUUGAGAACUCUGUCCACCAGGACUACAUCACUGAGAAGCUCUGGAGGAACUCACUGGUGGCUGGCACCGUUCCUGUGGUGCUGGGGCCUCCUCGGGCCAACUAUGAGCAGUUUGUCCCUGCAGACUCCUUCAUUCAUGUUGAUGACUUUGGUUCCCUGGAAGAGCUGGCCACCUUCCUAAAGACCAUGACCCCCAGCCGCUACCGGCAGUUCUUCACCUGGCAGAAGCAGUUCAGUGUGAAGCUCUACACUGACUGGAGGGAGCGGCUCUGCACCAUCUGCACUGCCUACCCCAGCCUGCCCCGAGGCCGCCUCUACCCCGACCUGGAGAGCUGGUUCAACACCUAG